CAAAAUGGCGGCACGAUUGAAAAGUUUUGACUGUUUUGUUGGAGUUUGUUUUCUUUACGGAAUCUCCCCGUUCUUAUUCUAACGGCACUAAACGGCGAUUUUUACAUGUUAGAGGAACUCCGGCAGUUUUCCUAACGGUUGGAGGAUCAAACAGGAACCAGGAUGGCGUUUUGCUAUCAGCUCAAAAUCGGGCAUCGCUUUACCAAUGCUAGGCUAGGCUAGGCUAGGCUAGGCUAGCUGGCUAGCUGCUGUCUUCGGCAGCUCCACGUCGUCUCUCCUGGAAGCUGAGCGGAAUAUGAAGCGGAUCUGGACAUAGAAAUGGAGGAUGAUGUGAAAAAAGUGAAAAAGCCUGGCAUCGUGUCUCCAUUCAAGCGAGUGUUCCUGAAAGGAGAGAAGGGUCGCGAUAAGAAGGCCCAGGAGAAGGCCACCGAGCGCAGAGCGCUGCACACCUUCUCCCUGUCGCAGCCCGACCACCGCAUCGACCCCGACAUCCUGCUGAACGACUACAUCGAGAAGGAGGUCAAAUAUUUGGGGCAGCUGACUUCAGUUCCGGGAUACUUGAACCCAUCGAGCAGGACGGAGGUGCUGCAGCUCAUCGACAAUGCGAGGAAGUCCCAUCAGUUGGCGGGCCAGCUGACGGCGGAGCAGGAUGCCGUGGUGAGUUUAUCGGCCUACAACAUCAAGCUGGUGUGGCGCGAUGGAGAAGACAUCAUCCUGAGAGUCCCCAUCCACGACAUCGCUGCUGUGUCCUACAUCAGGGACGACUCCCUGCACCUGGUGGUCAUAAAGACAGCCCAGGAGUCGGGCGGUUCUCCGUGUCCCAGCUCGUGUCCUGACCUGAACAAAUCCCAGACGCUGAGCUCGCUGUCGGAGAGCGGAGCGGUUCUGGUGGAGGUCUGCUGUCUGCUGGUGCUGGCUGUCGAUAACAAGGCCGCAGCGGAGGAGCUGUGUCUCCUGCUCAGCCAGGUGUUUCAGAUCGUCUACACCGAAUCUACCAUCGACUUCCUGGACAGAGCGAUCUUUGACGGAGCCACGACGCCCACCAGACACCUGUCUCUGUACAGCGAUGACUCGUCCAGUAAAGUGGACGUCAAGGAGGCGUUUGAGGCAGAAGGCAGCACGUUUCCUUUCCAGGUCACCAUGGAGACCGAAGGAAGCUCUCCAUCAGCCUCCAGCCCAGCAUCACCUCAGGCCAAGACAGCCAGCGAGGGCGAGCUGAGCACGACUGCUGCCGAGCUGCUGCAGGACUACAUGACCACGCUGCGGACCAAGCUGUCGUCGCAGGAGAUCCAGCAGUUUGCCACUUUGCUGCACGAGUACCGUAACGGAGCCUCCAUCCACGAGUUCUGCAUCAACCUGCGCCAGCUGUACGGGGACAGCAGGAAGUUCCUCCUCCUCGGUCUUCGUCCCUUCAUCCCGGAGAAGGACAGUCAGCACUUUGAGAACUUCCUGGAGACCAUCGGGGUGAAGGACGGUCGAGGCAUCAUCACUGACAGCUUUGGUCGGUACCGCCGCACCGCCAGCUCGGCCUCCGACUCCACCACCAAUGGAAACGGAGCGGCGGGAGGCGGCGGCGAUAGCGGCGCCUCGGACGAAGGCCAGGAAGCUUCUGAGGGCGACGAGUGGGACCGAAUGAUCACCGACAUCAGCAACGACAUCGAGGCUCUGGGCUGCAGCAUGGACCAGGAGGGAGCCACACCCUGACGGACUGGUUCCGGUGAAGGAGGUCCGACGCCCGAGGCCUGCUGAUCGUAUUUUCCUCUAAUUGUCCAGAGGACGUUCAACCUCAGCCUGUUACUAUCAGUCCGUAGAUGCACUCCCAGACCUGCAGCCGCGCGUCAGACGGACGGUGUUGGUUUGACGUUUUAUCGGCAGUAUCUGCCAUCACAGACGUAGCUCAGAUCCAGUCAGGACGGGUCCUCAGAGGACGGGUCAGAAGGAGGCUGCAGCCGUCUCUGCAUCAUCACAGCUUCUUUAUCUUCGUUUAUUUGUCGCUGUGACUGUAACGUUUUGCUUUAUAUCAUUUCAGUAAGAUUAGUUUUACACUAUCGUUUGUUAGCAGUGUUUACUCUGUGAUAUAUUUGCCUUAUUCAAACUGACCAAUGAAAUGCUGUAAAAGCCUCGCAUGAAGCAGCUCCGACUGUUUGUGACAAAGCCAGCGAUGGCCGAUGUACAUGUCUCCUGUCAGAUGUUUGUUCUCCUCAUCUUGUAACGUGCCUUCACAGUGCUGCAGCCGCCUGGGGUGGACGCCGGGGUGGACACCGGGGUGGACACCAGAGGGUGGACACCAGCCGGUGGACACCGGCGUGGACACCGGGGUGGACACCAGAGGGUGGACACCAGCCGGUGGACACCUGGGUGGACACCUGGGUGGACACCAGCUGGUGGACACCAGAGGGUGGACACCAGGGGUGGACACCAGCCGGUGGACACCAGGCGGGGUGGACACCUGGGUGGACACCAGGGUGGACACCAGCCUGCAGCCACAGUUCAGCCAGUCCUGUUAUUAAAUAACAUCAUGUACACUGAC